AUGGGUCGCCGUCCCGCUCGUUGCUACCGUUACUGCAAGAACAAGCCUUACCCCAAGUCGAGGUACAACCGUGGUGUUCCCGACCCCAAGAUCAGGAUCUUCGAUCUCGGUCGAAAGAAGGCUUCCGUCGACGACUUCCCCUUCUGUUGCCACCUUGUCUCCGACGAGUACGAGCAGCUCUCUUCUGAGGCUCUCGAAGCUGCCCGAAUCUGUGCCAACAAGUACAUCGUCAAGACCGCUGGUAAGGAGGCCUUCCACAUGCGUGUGAGGGUCCACCCCUUCCACGUCGUCAGGAUCAACAAGAUGUUGUCCUGUGCCGGUGCCGAUAGGUUGCAGCAGGGUAUGCGAGGUGCCUGGGGUAAGCCUUACGGUUCCGUCGCCCGAGUCAACAUUGGUCAGGUCAUCAUGUCCAUCCGAUGCAAGGACUCCAACAGGGCCGUCAUCAUGGAGGCUCUCCGACGAGCUCGAUACAAGUUCCCCGGACGACAAAAGAUCAUUGUCUCCAAGAAGUGGGGUUUCACUCCCCUCGCCCGAGCCGACUACGAGGCCCUCAAGGCCAACAAGCAGGUCAUCAACGACGGUGCUUACGUCCAGUUCCUCAAGCCCAAGGGUUCUCUUCUCCAGAACCUCAGGACUGCCGAGCGUGCUUAA